UUUCUGUUACCGAUAUACAAUCAAUGUGAUACACAAUCUAAGUUUCGUCCUUCGUUUUUGCUUUUGAAGUUACGUUCAAAUCAAUUUCACUAUAAAUUUGUUGUUAUUUGAGCUAGGAAUCUUGAAUUGGAAUGUUGCCGCUUAUUUGGCGUUCAUAAUCAUUUUAUGAUUUUGAGCACUACUACUGCAAGUGCUAAGAUUUUGCUGGAAGAUGUCUUCUCUUACUUCGAUAGAUUUGUCUCAUCACAAUAGUAAUGGAAAUUUGAAAAGUCUAGACACACUAUGUCCUGUGGCAGAGAUUGGGGAAAUUGAUUUUUCUAAAGUGUUAGAUAAGCCAAGGACUUUGAACAUAGAGAGACAAAGAUCAUGUGAUGAAAGAUCAAUGAGUGAACUAUCAAUAGGCUUUUCUCCUCGGCAACUGUUCGCAAAACCUGAUAUGUUUUCUCGCUUUGGAGAUCAUCUUGAUUCUCCUAUGCAAAAAUCAGGUCUUAACACUCCAAGAUCAUUAAUAUUGGACUCUAAUUCAAUAUUGCCUGAAGCUUGGGAAGCUCUGAGGCGUUCUUUGGUACAUUUUCGUGGUGAGCCAGUUGGGACUAUUGCUGCCAUGGAAGAUUCUGAUGAGAAGCUUAACUAUGAUCAGGUUUUUGUAAGAGACUUUGUUCCAAGUGCUUUGGCUUUUUUGAUGCACGGGGAACCAGACAUUGUUAAGAAUUUUCUCUUAAAGACUCUUCGUCUUCAAUCAUGGGAGAAAAAGAUUGAUAGGUUUCAGCUGGCAGAAGGGGUGAUGCCUGCUAGUUUUAAGGUGUUCCAUGAUCCGGUCAGAAACCGUGAAACCCUGAUAGCAGAUUUUGGUGAAAGUGCAAUAGGUAGGGUUGCUCCUGUUGAUUCUGGAUUUUGGUGGAUUAUAUUACUUCGUGCAUACACAAAAUCUACAGGAGACUCUUCCUUGGCUGAACAGCCUGAAUGUCAAAAGGGUAUGCGUUUGAUUCUGAGUUUAUGCUUGUCAGAGGGUUUUGAUACAUUUCCAACAUUACUAUGUGCUGAUGGGUGCUGUAUGAUUGAUCGUAGAAUGGGUGUUUAUGGGUAUCCAAUUGAAAUUCAAGCAUUGUUCUUCAUGUCUUUAAGAUGUGCCUUGCAAUUGCUUAAGCCAGAUGCUGAAGGGAAAGAGUUUAUGGAACGAAUUAUAAAACGUUUGCAUGCCUUAAGCUAUCAUAUGAGAAGCCAUUUUUGGUUGGAUUUGAAGCAGCUUAAUGAUAUAUAUCGCUUCAAAACAGAAGAGUACUCACAUACUGCAGUGAACAAGUUCAAUGUUAUUCCCGAUUCUUUACCAGAUUGGAUUUUUGAUUUCAUGCCUCAUCACGGUGGAUACUUUAUUGGGAAUGUGAGUCCUGCUAGGAUGGACUUCCGCUGGUUUUGCCUUGGUAAUUGCAUUGCAAUUUUGUCCUGCUUGGCAACUCCUGAGCAGUCAGUUGCAAUCAUGGAUCUCAUUGAAUCACGGUGGGAGGAACUAAUUGGGGAUAUGCCUGUCAAAGUUUGUUAUCCAGCCCUUGAAACCCAUGAAUGGAGAAUCAUAACAGGAUGUGACCCCAAAAAUACUAGAUGGAGUUACCACAACGGGGGAUCUUGGCCAGUUAUGUUAUGGUUUUUGUCUGCGGCGGCCAUCAAGACUGGGCGACCCCAAAUUGCAAAACGUGCCCUUCAAAUUGCUGAAGCCAGAUUGCUAAAAGACAACUGGCCGGAAUAUUAUGAUGGAACGCAUGGUCGAUACAUUGGGAAGCAGGCUCGAAAAUGCCAAACCUGGUCUAUUGCUGGUUACUUGGUGGCUAGGAUGAUGCUUGAUGACCCUUCACAUUUAGGUAUCAUAGCACUUGAAGAAGACAGACAGCUAAAGCAGCCUGUGCACAAGAGAUCAAAUUCAUGGACUUUGUGAUUCUUUUUUGUCUCUCCUCAUCAAUUUUGACCUGCAAUGAUAAAUAGGAAGAGGUGAGAAAUGGAGUCAUUUGAAGGUGGGGGAAAACACCUUAAUGAAGCACUCUAUGCUUCAUUCCAUAUGUCAAGUGUUUGCAUGUUCCUUCUGUGGAAUCCUCAUUUGUGUAGCAUCUGCAGAGUUUUAAGGAUUCUCAAUGGUAAAGUUGUUUUAUGCAAAAGGUGAUGCUAUGGUUCAGUCUCUUGAACAUCAUGCAGUUGUUGUUGGAUAAUAUAUACUCUUAGCUUCAAAUGUUACAAUUAGAUUGAAAUUAAGAAGGCUCUGACAGUAGAUUGUGUUUUCUUGAUCCGGCACAAAUUACAGGAUAUAAUCAUUCAUUCCCCCAUUUAUCCUUUUUACAUGAAA